AUGAUGAAAAGCAUCAACAUUUCCUCUGAAGCUGCUUGCGAUGAGGUAGCAGAGCCAUUAUACACAAACAUCCAGAGCUUGACCAGGUCAACACCAAAGAUAUCAAACAUUUCUCUACUGCCAAUGCAGUCGAAAAAAAUAACCGAAUGGGGUGAUAAAAUUCUGCCGGUCGUGGCAGUACUCUUGGCUGUAUCGUGCAUUGCACUAGCCGUCUGUACUGUGAUUCUGUUUAUGAAGUUAGAACGCGUUCGCAGUGAGGUAAAGGAUUUUACGAACACCACAAACGACCGUAGAAUUUGUGUCAAGUGUGCUGACCUCAAUGUUUCUCGGUUCGGUCCAGAUGAGAAAAUUGCUCUCAACUCGUUGGUUGUGACAUUUGAUGACAAUGGAGAAGAAGUCUGCUGUGCUAAAAACUCCAUACAAACCAAAGCUCUAAUGGAAUUGGUAUAUGUGAAUUCCAAGUCAUCUUGCGUUCAAGGGUUAAACAAUACAGAUGCACAGUGUAGUGGUUCCCUUCUCUCUCAGCCGACAGCCGGGUUGCCAUCUGCACACCUCCUUGCUGGACUUCAGAUCACUGGCCUUCACAACGACACCAACACUGCUUUUGUCCGUAACUGGCGUACAAAUGAUGUGACGUCACAUCUCGAAGGCGUUCGACUGACCACUGACAGACUCGUCAUCAAGGAUUCUGGCCUUUACCUUGUUUACAGUCAGAUAGGUUUCUCAGGGCACGUCGCCGCGUCUUCCCUGAGAUCUGCCAUCCUCCUAUACCACUCUGUAUACCGAUACAGCGCCAUCUAUCCUAAUGGCGGGAAUCAGUUACUCAUGCAGAGUGUGAGGACCAUGAUCCUUGACCCCGUUAAGACACACAGCGACAUCACAAGCUUCAUGGCGGCUGCUAUCCAGUUAGCGGUGCGGGAUCAGAUAUACAUCAAAGUGUCGAACAUUUCUCUCAUAUCAGGAGACGAAAAAGCCAGCUUCUUGGGAGUUGUAAAAUUCGAAUAA